AUGUCUACGGGAAUUUUUAUCUGCUUAACAGUUUUAGUUAUACAAAACGUAACAGCCCAAUUUAGAGUCCCAGAACUACCAUCACAGACAUUACCAACAUUACAGAAUCAUAACUUACAAAAUAUUUGGUCAUUGGGGUCUCUGUCAUCUCUAACACCUAGAAUGAAGUUAGUGUCGCAACGUCAUCAGUAUAUCAUUAAAAAACCCCAAAAGAAAAUUAAUAAGCGCCAGUUAAUGGCUGAAUUAUUCAAGCAAUCGGCCAUUAAAAAUAUACAAGAUGCUGCCAGUAUUUGUAAUAGAGAAAAGAAAUCGGUAAAUUUGAAUAAUAUUGUUGGCAACAUUCCUUUGAUUGGAAACGAUGCCGGCCUCAAUACUAAUGUAUAUAAUUUCAAAUACUUAUAA